AUGUUCCUGAGCAUCGCUCUCAUCUGGGCUGUGGUGGUGGGGCUCUGCUGCCUGCUGUGGCUGGCUCUGGGCAUCCGACGCAGACAGCCUGGGGAGCCAGUGGUGGAGAAUGGCUUCUUCCCCUACCUGGGCUGUGCGCUGCAGUUUGGAGCCAACCCUCUGGCCUUCCUCCGGGGGAGACAGAAGAAGUACGGACACAUAUUUACUUGUAAAAUCGCCGGACAGUACAUCCACUUCCUCUGCGAUCCUUUCUCCUACCACUCCGUCAUCCGGCAGGGGCGCCACCUGGACUGGAGGAAGUUCCACUUUGCCACAUCGGUCAAGGCAUUUGGACACGAGAGCUUCGACCCUCGACACGGACACACCACAGAGAACCUCCACCAGACCUUCCUGAAGACGCUGCAGGGAGAGGCUCUGCCCUCGCUCAUCCAGACCAUGAUGGGACACCUGCAGGACGUCAUGCUGUGCUCCGACACUCUGCGACCCAGCGUUCACAGCUGGGAGGUGGACGGCAUCUUUGCCUUCUGCUACAAGGUGAUGUUUGAGUCUGGGUACCUCACACUGUUCGGGAAGGAGCUAGGAGAGGACAAAAGCCAGGCUCGGCAGGCGGCUCAGAAGGCCCUGGUCCUUAAUGCUCUGGAGAACUUCAAGGAGUUCGACAAGAUCUUCCCUGCUCUCGUGGCUGGUCUGCCUAUCCACGUCUUCAUGAGCGCCUACAGUGCACGAGAGAACCUGGCCAAGACCAUGCACGCUGAGCGGCUGUCCAAGCGUGAAAAUGUUUCUGACCUCAUCUCCAUGCGCAUACUGCUAAACGACUCGCUGUCGUCUUUUAAUGACAUCAGCAAAGCGCGCACCCACGUGGCUUUGCUGUGGGCGUCCCAGGCCAACACGCUGCCCGCCACCUUCUGGAGCCUUUUCUACAUGAUCAGGAGUCCUGACGCUAUGAGAGCAGCUCAGGCUGAGGUGAAGAGGGUCCUGGAUGCAGCCGGUCUGACCCCUGACCCAAAGAACCCCACACUCAACUUGACCCGGGACCAGCUGGACAACAUGCCAGUCCUGGACAGUAUCAUGAAGGAAGCAAUGCGUUUGUCCAGCGCAUCGCUCAACGUUCGCGUCGCCAAAGAGGACUUCCUGCUUCACCUGGACAACCAGGAGGCCUACCGAAUAAGGAAGGAUGAUGUCAUCGCUCUGUACCCGCCCAUGCUGCACUACGAUCCUGAGAUCUUCGAAGACCCCUAUGAGUACAAGUUCGACCGCUUUCUGGACGAGAGCGGGCAGGAGAAGACUAUGUUCCACCGUAAUGGCCGCCGCCUCCGCUACUUCUACAUGCCUUUCGGCUCAGGCGUCACCAAGUGUCCCGGCCGUUUCUUCGCCGCCUACGAGAUCAAGCAGUUCCUCACGCUGGUGCUGACCUACUUCCACAUGGAGCUGCUGGAUCCCGCCAUGAAGGUCCCGCCCCUGGACCAGUCCCGCGCAGGCCUGGGCAUACUACAGCCCACCUAUGACGUGGACUUCAGAUACAAGCUGCGCCACGAAUUCUAA